UCAAUAUAAAUGUUUGUUAUACAUGCACUAAAAGUUGACGUAUUAUUUCAGGAGAAGAACGUUUUUACUUUUUUUCCCUAUUAAUCAUGUUGGUAUAUUCCCAUGUCAAAGUUGACGUGCAUCGCUUUCUUUGUUGCAUGCUAGAAAGUCCAAAGGGAAAUUGAUAGAGUACAAUCGUUUUCAAGAAAAAUAAUAAUAAACACAUUCAACCAUAUCUGUAAGAGGAUUCAGUCUACUCAACAGCUUCAAGCUCUACAGGGGCAGUAGCCGGGCAUCAACCACCAUCACAGUCCUCACCCUCACUACACAGAGGGACCAAGACAGAGGGUCAUGGCUCAUAUGGUUGUCAGUCAUGAGCCCAUGGCACUGCAAGAGCCCGCCAACAUAGCGAAAGAUUUAAAAGCAAAUGCUUCAUCGAACAAAUCAGUGUUCCUGUGACAGUCGAGGCUAGUGUGAAGUUUCACAGCGAGGUGAUUGGAAGAUCUCUCCCUCUUGCAGCUCCAGCAAAAAAGCGAGGGAGAACGGCACAACCAAAGGAACCCAAGCCACCCAAAAUGCCCAAGGCCAAACCGGGACCCAAGGCCAAACCGGGACCCAAGGCCAAACCGGGAGCCAAGGCCAAACCGGGACCCAAGCCCAAGAAAGGCAAGGAGUGUCAAGAGGCAGACGGCACGCAGGAGAAAAUAGACAAGACCUUCAAGAAAGUCAAGAAGAAAAGGGACCGCUUCAAAGGCAUGACUGAGGAUGAGGUCAUGAGUAGAACUCUGACCGACAUCCUUGACCACAACCUGGACUAUGUUAUCAUUGGAAUCAACCCAGGUCUCGUGGCAGCCUAUGUUGGACGAUGGUUCCCUGGCCAUGGAAACCAUUUCUGGAAGUGCCUGUUCUUGUCCGGAUUCACUGAUGAGCAGCUUAACCACAUGAGCGACACCAGCCUGCCAGAGAAAUAUAAGAUCGGCUUCACCAACAUGGUGGCAAGGACAACGCCUGGAAGCAAGGACCUGUCAACCAAAGAGCUACGCGAGGGCGCCUUAAUUCUUGUUGAGAAGCUGAAAAAGUACAAGCCCCUAAUAGCUGUUUUCAAUGGAAAAUGUAUCUAUGAAAUGUUCUGCAGAGAGAUGUUUGGUAAAAAGCCCAAGAAGCUUGACUUUGGUCUGCAGCCACACAAGAUACCGGACUGUGAAGUGGCAUUGUAUCUGAUGCCCUCGUCGAGUGCCCGCUGCGCCCAGUUUCCCCGUGCCCAGGACAAAGUGCACUUCUACAUCAAGCUGAGGGAAUUGAGGGACCAGCUCAGGGGCGUGGCCCGAUCUGAGGAGAUUCAGGAGUUGGAGUACAGCUUUGACCUGGGACUGGCCAAAGAGGACGCUAAGAGGAUGGCGAUCAAGGAAGAGGCGUACGACCCAGGCUACGAGGCCGCCCUCGGCGGAGCGUAUGGAGAGGGCGGGCCCGGGCCUGAGGAGGGCCAGAGCAACGGUCACUAACUUCUCGUUGGCUGGGAACACAGACGCUGCCGAGAAGGCAAACACUUACCAACCUCCUACGGCCGCCACCACCACCACAGAAGGACAACUCCCAGACAGACAGUGGAUGAGGCAGUCUUUCACUGAUCAGAUUAGACAUGGGUGGCUCUAAAGAACCACAGGCAUGGGUGGGCAACGUAUAAGAAAGGGUAAAUGGCUCCUAACGAGCCCUAUCUAUUCGUGCACAGACCUCAAAGCCGCACAUCCUUUACCCUCCCUUCAACAAGAAGCUGCACCUCUGUUUAAAGACAGAAAUAAUAGUUUUUAGUGUUUUGUAUUUUUUUUGCCAUUUUGGAAUAUACACUUGGCUACUUGAUAGAUGGAAUUGUCUAGAUUUAUAAUUUUUAAAGGAUUUGUGAAAUAUGAGCUUUUUUUAAAAAUCUGGUUUUGUCAUACUGUGUGUGUGUUUGAUUGCCCACAAGGCAGUCCUUUUUAAAUAUGUGAAAUCAGGGACUUGACACUUUGUUUUAAUACCGUACUUUGCCACAGGCAGGUACAGUAGGUGUAAGCAAAGCAUGCAUACUGUAUUGGUUACUGCUCUGACAGUACAAAUGGUUCUAAAUCAAGCUUUUACACACGUGUCAGAGAGUCCCAAAUAAACAUGUGACAAAACACAUACAGUAAGAUGACACUGUAAGUAAUGCAUUGUGAAGUUUAAGAUGAGCUAGUACUCUACUUUUUAUAUAAGUGCUGUACCUUGAGGAGAAUGAACUAGACACAAGGUCAAAAAGUGAUUCCACUGAGGGAUGAUUUAGUAAUGUCUUUACAAGCCUUUUAUCAUGGAGUUGCAAAACUCAAGAUGGGUGCUAUAUAUUUUUUAUUUUACUUUCUUAUGUUUAGUAUGUUUCUGAAAAUGUUGUUUAUAAAAUUAUGGGGAUUUUCUAUUUUA